AAACAAGGUAUUACACUAAUAAAACAUUAGACCAUAUAGACCAUAAAUAUUAACUAAGAAAAAACAUUGAUUUCAUGUGCCAUUGAUCAUAAAAACUGCAGAAACAACCAAACUGAUGCCAUUGGUUGAGGCAGUGUUUAAUUUGUAAGUCUGUUUAGUGCCUUUACUUUAGUAUAUGAUACGAACAGACCAAAGUCUACCGUGUAUUUCAGCCAUUAGCAAGUAAUAACUUGGGGAAGUGUCUUAAAGUUGUCCAAAAAUUGGGAAGAAGACAAGUCAAUGUAGUUCAGGUUGGGUUUGUUCGGACUUUACAAUACUGAUUUUAACAACAUUUUAUGUAUGAGUUCUGUAUCAAUGUGGGUUUACUUCGGGCACUUCGUUUUCCUCUCACAGUCCAAAGACAUACAGCGGUGUGUUUCCUGAACAACAAUGUAAAUCGCUGCUGAACCACCAUAGUACAAUGCAUAUUUGUAUAAACUAUAGCUAAGCACGACUGUUUCCCAAAAACUUUGCCACACAUCCGUCAUUUAGUAACAUAUGAAGUAAUUCAUACUGUAUUGUUAUGCAGGCUGUAGUUUAUACAGUAUUGUUGUAUUAAAAAGCAACUAUUGUUGUUCUAGCUUAAACUCAUAUCACUGGUUGAGUUAAUGUUGCUGUUGCAUGAGGACAUUAUGAUGUUUAUCUGACAGUUGGUCAACUCAGAGGCCAGAAACACCACUGAUCCUGAUACAGGCAUGAAAGCACGCAACACCUUACAAGCAGCUCUAAACUUUUCUAGACUUGUUAGAUGUCACAUGAUCUCAGAUGUUACACAUUUAUAUCAGAUGGUUUUGCUGCUCUUUCAGUGUGUUAAAAUACCAAACACCAAAAGAGCUGAAAAUGCAGCCGGCUGAAACAUGUACUGGAGUACAUGUUAUUGACUUGUAAAAGUAAUAAGAAAAAGGAAUAAAAUAGUAUAUAAAUGAAUAAUUUGAGAAGAUAAACUUCCUAUCUGUUGUCUUCAGGAAGUGAAUGUGUGAGGAUGAGAUGUUACAGAUCAGUUACAGUGUGUUUGCUGCUGCUGUGUGUUCUUUAUGCAGUAUAAAAUAAGUAAUAUUGCCUCAUUGUAAGUGGUAAAAACAUAUUUUAGCUCCCAUUAUAUUUACUUCAUUACAAUAAUAAGUCACCUGAUUCUAGUGCUUUCUGAUUGGUCUUUUCAAGAAAAAUACUCUAUAAGGAAGUAAUUAUUAAUCAGAAAAAUGUCAGGGUUCUUUCACACAUACACUGUUUAGGUCGGCUCAAAUGACGUGUCGGUCCGAGUGCGGUUCGUUUGGGACGGUGUGAACACAACAGCCGCACUAUGGUGCGACCCAUCUGUGCUGUGAAUGCUGCUCCACUUCAGGCCGAACCAAAUACAGGAAGUUCUCCACAUGUUUGAGCCACUGGCUUCCGUUGUGACGUGAGCCGGGUGUUAUAUUGUGGGUUAACAACAAACAAGGCAAUCUUGGUCUGUUGCAGAGAUUCGCUGUCUACUGGACGUUUGAGCUGAUGAUUUUACACAAAUAGUGAUGGCUCCGUUGUGCAAUUUUGCUUUAAAGCGAAGAAACUUCGCAGAGACGUGCAUCGUUUAUCUCCAUAUCUUGCUAGCUUCGCUCUUCCUGUCAGGCUGGUUGUCAUGGAAACGUGGGGGGUGGUCAUGAGAUGGUCAGAGACCGAUGACAGCGCUGACCGUUGUCACAUGGUGUACGGUGCGGACUUCGAGUACCGUAAAAACAACAUAUGUGAACACGGACCGCACUAACUGAAAAAUGAUACAAUAUAAUUUGUUGCACUCCGAGCCCGCACCACGGUAGGCACCAACAUGUGUGAAAACACCCUCAGAAAAAAUUCAUCCAACGGAUAUCACAUGCUCUUGACCAAAUGAUAAAGUAUCUUGCAUAAGUAAAAGCUCAAAGGCAGAACUCUACACAGCAGUUCAGGACAUCUCAAAACAGACCACACACAAGCAACGUCCAGUGAUAUUAAAUCCAAUAGAUUGAGGAUGGCAGAAAAUACUUCUGAUCGUAGGAACUUUUCUGGGAUGAAGGCGAUUGAAAAGAAUCCUAUCUAUGCCAAUGUAGAUGAUAUAAACCUUCACAAUCUCUGUAGGAGAACAGACGACUCGGACACAACGAGAAACGAAAGUUUCCAUCACACAGGUACAGACGCUCAAUUCAUUAUAAUAAUAAACAUUAACAUUCUCAGUAAUAUCUGAAAGAAGAUUAAUCUGCAUAUCUGUCAUCUUCAGGAAGUGAGCGUGUGAUGAACAGAAGUUACAGAUCAGUUACAGUGUGUUUGGUGCUGCUGUGUGUUCUUCUACUGACUGCAGUCAUAGUGCUGUGUGUCCUCAUCAAUACAAACAAUCAAAAGUGUCACAUCAAGACCAAAAACAUCACAGAAGAGAGAGAUGAAUUAAUAUCCAAAUACAAAAAUAUUACUAAAGAAAAGGAACAACUGAAUCAGGAGAAAAAUGAGCUGCGGACACAUUUAAAUGAUGGAUGGCUUUACUAUCAGUCCAGUUUGUACUUCAUUUCAUCUGAGCAGAAGAGCUGGACUGAGAGCAGAAGAUACUGUAGAGAGAGAGGAGCAGAUCUGAUCAUCAUUAACAACAAAGAGGAACAAGAUUUCAUUCAGAAAAUUCAGUCUGGUACAGAAUACACCUGGAUUGGUUUGUCUGACAGUGAUGAGGAGGGCAGAUGGAAAUGGGUUGAUGGCAGCACACUGAUGAACUCUAGCUUCUGGGCGUCUGAAGAACCCAAUGGUGGUAGAAGAGAGAACUGUGCUCUGAUACGUUCAUUAGGUUUGGCUGAUUAUCAGUGCAGUAAUGCUAAUAACUACAUCUGUGAAAAGAACAAUUUAAAAUAAGUUGUUAAAUGAAAUACAUGUUAAUUCAGUAAUCUGUUAACACACGAGAGCUUUUAUGCAUGAGCACAAGAACCUUUAAGUCAAUUUAGAUUCAAUCUACAGUACCUGAGCAGAUAAAAAAUAAUAAAAUAUUAGGGGCCAGAUUUAGUAACAGCUUGCGCCAUCAUGUUAGCGUUUACUUAAGACACGCAGUCGAUAAUUUGCAUGAAAAGUUAUGGUCUAGUUAUUUUUGCGACUGACCUUAUUGCAUAUGCAUUUCCUAGAAGUUCCUCAUUCAGAUGCAAAAUUUAUAGGAGGAUAUUAUUUAAAUAAUUCACUCACCUUAAUUACUAAGGGCAUGUGAUAUGACUGGAGUUUGCGCCAUUAUUUAACACUGAUAAAACAUCUUAAAUCAUUUUGGGCUUGAAAUGGCUGAAAUUGCUGCUGAUAAGAGGAGGCAUCAUAGACAUCCGAGAGCACAUGGUACAAGACAGAGUAUUUUUUAACAUGUAACAGUAUUACUCAAAAAUAUUGUUUGCCAAGCCAUGUUAUUUUUUUAAUUUGCUGGAGGAGAUAAAAGAGGAGUCACUAGGAGAAGUCACACAAUACCAGACGUUUCAAAACCUUCAUUUUUUUGUCUUUUCAGUAUAAUAUGGCUUCGUUAGCUAGGAUUUCACACCCCGCAUAUUGAACCGAUAUCUGUGGUGAUGAACUCAUCAUCAGCUCUGCUUAUUUGCGACCCUGCACUAAUUUUCGCUGCUCUUAGUAGAUUGCAUUGGUCAUUAUGUGUAUAAUGCUGAGUUUACACCAACCGCGUUUUGGGCGUCAAAAUCGCGUCUACCGCGCCUAGUUUGCCGCUUGAACACUUUGAAUGCAUUCGCACGUGUAGAGCGGAGUAGACGCGCGGAAAAAGCAAGCAUUUGACGCGCGUCAGAGGCAAACUCCGCUUCUUGUGGGAGGGGCAAGUGCUAUGCGGUUGUCUCUUUGCAAGAUGACUGAUGUUGAUUGUGCAUUUAUCGAGAGAGUUACCGGUUUGUAUGUGGUAACCUACUAAACAGCGCGGGUCGAUAAACGUCACGUGACUCAAAAGUGAAAUGUGUAUUACAGCUUACCAGGUUGCCUGGUGUCCUCAUUGACACUCUUUCAAGCAAGGUCCUUUUUAUUCCUGUCUCCUCUAUAGAAAUAAGAACUUGUGUCGUAUAGCUCCAGGUGACUGCUUAUGGACAAUAACAAGCGUUGGUUGAAUGACUGACUCCAGGCGGGGCUGCCACCACAGCAGCAAGCAGGCACCUAAUUGGUUAACGCGGCGUGAAAUUCCACCAAAGUUCAAAAUUUUCAACUCGGGCGUUAGCCGCAAAUUCGCGUGAACCGCAAAAUGCACAAAAAGCACAUUCGCGCGUACCGUGCACAACGCUCAAUUCACGCGCGAAAGAGGCGGAAACGCAUCUUCCGCGCCGCGCCGAACGCCUCUUCUGCGCCGCAGGACCUCCUGACGCGCGUCAACGCGCCUUCACAUUGACUUAACAUUGAAAUCACUCGUGCUUCACGCCUCUACCGCGGUUGGUGUAAAUGCAGCAUAAUUUGUGCCUUUUUAGUAAAUAACCUGCGCUUUUACGUUAAUUUGCCCGUUUAGUAAAUCUGGCCCAUAGUCAUGUGUAAUAUCUACUAUAGCAAAAACUUCUGUUUAAUUAUUUCUAUAUUGUGACGCAAAUUAACUUUUUGUUUCACUAAAUAUAUUCUUAUAAAUGAACCUUUUUAGUAAAUUUCAAUGCGAUUGUUUUUACUUGUGUGUGUUUGAUGUCGUGGAUCAAUGUAAGUAACCUACUGUAUAGUAACUGGUAUGUUGUAAUCUUUUUAGUUCAGACUGUAGUUUAUACAGUAUUAUUUUAUAAAGGAACAACUAAAUUUUCUUAAUUUUGCGAAAAGCACAACAUUCUGUUUUUAUUAGGAGUGGACACAAAAAAUUAGACACUUUAACAUUUGAAAUGAUGUAUAAAUCAUAUCUGUAUGUCAAAAUCAGCAGAGUAAUCUCAGUCUCUUUGUGAAGUGAUUGAAAAAUAAAGAGUAUGCGUCUCGUUCGACCACAGAGAGCUAAAUAUGUGCUGUAAUAUCACAUCAUUCUUUAAAAUUCAUAAUUCUUGUAAUUUUAUCUGAUUUACCCUUUUUAAAAUAAAUUGAUAUAAAAAUAGAUCUGU